CUGAUGACAACAACGAUGCUGACUGAGUUUGGUCUCAGCCUGCCUGCCCAGUGGUCUCCAGCAGACACUGCAGAGGAGACAGACGAAUCAGCAUCUCUGGUCCACCCUUUUCCCUCCCACUCUCUCUCCGGCUCUAAGUACUGCUGCUGCUUUGCAGUGCUGCACACUGAGGCAGCCACUGUCGGUUGUGCCCCAUCCCAAGGAGAGAACGCAGGCAAAAUCUGCUACCUCAUCUGGCCUGGGCAGGAGUUGGAUGGGUGCUUGUCCAUCAUGCUCAAAUCCCUCUUUGUGUAUGGAGUGCUGGGAGUCUUGCUGAUCCCAGGAAAGUGCAACCUGAUUUCUGUGUGCACUGAAGAUGACAGUGACUUAAGAGUAGACUGUCUAAUCAAGGCCACGCCAAACAAGAUCAACACCUAUGAGUUCUCCUGGUCAUCUGGAAAGAAAAUGUCCAUCAUUAACACCAAUGUGUCUGGUUCAACAUCGGAGAUCCAGUUCAAGGACAAAAGCUACGUGGAGGAGCUGGAGCCCCACGGCUACAGACUGACUCUAAAAGACUUCACAGAGAAUCUCCCACACAACACCACCUACAUGUGCAGAAUACUCGGGGAGGAUGCCAAAGUCACUGUGGAGAGAGAGCAACUUCUACCAUGUUCAGCUGUCAGCUUGUUUCUGAAGAGCUCCUGUUCCUGGAUCGUUUGUCUGCUGCUUCUCUUCUAUGACCUGCACAGCUAAAACAGACGAGCAGGCUUGUGCGGGCACACAGACAAACAUCCCACCACCGCUAUGUAUCCAUAUAUACAAGCAUCCCCACAAUACCACGGGUUGAAGAAUCUCAUAAACAGCUUGCAACUAUGUCUCUCUCUACACUGGCAAAGUAUUCAGACCUGUUGAUGCUCUUUAUGCUGAGAAAAAAAACUAUCAUAUAAAUCUGCUAAAUGUUUAGACAUGUGAUUUCCUGCACAGGCAUGCACUAUUAUUCUAUGUACUCAUUAAGUGUAAAUGCACUGACUUGCCAUACAAUUAGAACUCUAAAAGCAUUUUCAAUAAAGGGAUGACAGUCUAA